AUGACCCCCCGGGAGCCUCCCAGUGCCGUUCUGGGCUCCUGGGGUCUCCUCUUCCUGGUUCUGGCCCCCCUUUCCUGCCACUUCUGCCCUAUCCCCUGUGAGUGCUCAGAACCCGCCCGCACCGUCAAGUGCGUCCAGAAGGAGCUGACCUCCAUCCCGCCUGGUAUUCCUGGGUACACCCGUAACCUCUUCAUCACCGGCAACCGGAUCGCCCGUGUCGGCAGCCGGGACCUCCAGGGGCUGCCCAACCUGGUCACGCUCUCUCUGGCCAACAACAGGAUUAACACCGUGGAGUCGCAGGCCUUCUCUGCUCUCCAGAGCCUGCGUUACUUGGACUUGAGCCAUAAUCGUCUGGCCACCAUCCACCCCAAUGCUUUCAACGCUAGAAACAACUCCAUCCAGGAGCUAAACCUUAGCCACACCCUGCACAACUCCUCUGCCAUUCAACCUGUGGCAGCUGCCCUGGCCCACGGUGGCUUCCAGAGCCUCUCCAGACUAGAACUCACCAGCAAUGAGAUUGUCUACUUGCCCACGGGCAUGUUGUCCAGCCUCCCCAAAUUGGAGUACUUAGACUUGAGGAAUAACUCCUUGGUGGACAUUAAGAACUCCACUUUUGCUGGCCUGGACCUUAAAUACCUUGAUCUGACCAUGAAUGCAUUCAAGACCUUGAGGAGGGGAGGGCUAUCUGGCCUUGGGAGACAGGCCCACCUCCGCCUCUUCCUGAAGGACAACCCUUUCAUAUGCAAUUGUGAUAUCGAAGACCUGGUGAGCUGGCUGAACCAAAGCUGGCAGGUAGUGGACCUGGAAAAGCUCACUUGUGCUUUCCCUUGGGAUCUGAAGAAUGCCUCCCUCGUGGACCUGGCGGGGGCGGAUCUGGAAUGCCACUCUACCCAACUUGGAGAAAAUGCUCUUCAGACCUCCUACGCUGCCUUAUGUGUCGUCCUGGGAGUCAUUGGGGUCAUCUUUCUCUUUGUGCUUUACUUGAAUCGGAAGGGCAUCAAGACCUGGAUGAACAGCAUGAGGGAUACCUGCCAGAACCUGUUGGAGGAGUACCGCUAUCGCUAUGAAAUUGAUUCCGAAUGCCGUAUCACGCAAGUCCCGGCGCUGGACAUAUGAUGCAGUUAGUCUCUUUCGAAGUCUUUUCGAGGUCUGUGUUUUGCUGCUGUAUCUGUCAGGGACACAGUCCGUUUUUCUUUGGGGUGAACCCUGUGCCUUGGUGGUGCCUACUCCUCCACCAAAACUCAAGCCUUUUAAGGAGGAUGGAACUGUGGAUUAAAUGCUGGACGUGGGCUCAAGGGUCCUCCAUUCUUGUUCACCAUCAAUGUUUUGCAGGAAGUUUAACUCAUUUAAAACUAAGCUGGAAUACUUCUGGGUGCCACCUCUGGAAAUGAUUGGGGGUUGGUGAAUAUCAAGAUUCUGAUGUGUGCCAUCAUCGGUGGUUGGAUCCUGGAUCUGCCUUCUGUAAAAGGAAGAGGCCUUGGAUGAAAGGAAGGAUUCUGUUUCGGGGCUACCCCUCAA